AUGCCCAGCCUCGCCGCCAUGGACGCACCGCCCCUCGAGCCCAAGACGUUCCACGAUGGGGACGCCUCGGCGAUGGCUGGUACUACGCUCGCCGACCCGUCGGCGCCCGAGGCGCACUACGCCGAGGACAACCCCUUGGCGACGCAGAUGACGGACCUCUUCAAGCUCAUCCACGAAGUGAGCUUGACCAAGCGGCAGGAAGUCGACCCGGCGCUCGUGACAAAAUGCCACAAGACGGGCGUGACGCCGCAGGACCGGCCGCUCGGCGCCGAGCUCGAGCUGCGAACCUGGGGUCUCUUUGAGGACGAGGCUGUCGUCGCGCCACCGACGCCGGCGAAGACGCCGACGGUCAACCUCGCCAAGGACCUCAAGUACGGCACGAAAAAAUCGCAUCGGGAAGCCGAGAACGUCCACUACAUUCGCGAAUUCCUCAAAGGCCGCGUGAACCGGGAUGCGUACAAGUGUAUGCUGGCCAUGUACUACUACAUUUACACCGAGCUCGAAGAGAUGAUGCGGGCCGCGUUCGAAGCGCACGACCCGAUCUACAGCCCGUUGCACUUUCCGACCGAGCUCAACCGCGUGAGCGCGCUUGCAGAGGACCUCGCCUUCUUCUUUGGCCCGAACUGGGCCAAGGUCAUGCCGCCGCCGACGCGGGCGACGAAGGAGUAUCUCGCGCGCCUCCACUACAUUGGCACGAGCGAACCGUCCAUCUUGGUGGCCCAUGCGUACACGCGGUACCUCGGCGACCUCUCGGGCGGCCAAGUGCUCAAGCGCAUUGCCAUCAAGUCUAUGGACCUCCACGACGGGCUCGGCACGGCGUUCUACGACUUCAACAACAUGAAGAUCAAGCACAAGGUGUUCAAGGACAAGUACCGCUCGAUCCUCGACACUCUCGACGUGAGCCAAGAGGUCUCGGACCGCUUGGUCGAGGAAGCCAACCUCGCGUUCCUUCUCAACAUGAAGCUCUUUGAGGAGCUCGACAUCAUUUCCGGCUACAGUACGCUCGAGAAGCAGCAGGCGGAAGCGGUCUUGCGCCGACGCGAAGCCGAGGCCCUCGCGACGCCGACCGACGUUCCGAAGAGCGCGUGCCCAUUUGCCAAGCUCAUUGGCCAGCCCGGUAUCCGCGAGCUCGCAAUGAAGUACCACGGCGACGACUUUACGCCCGAAGAGUUUGCGACGCUCCAGGCCGAGUACGAUGCGAUCCAGGCCGCGUCGAGAAGGAAGUUCAUUGCGCAGUGCGGCUACACGCUCCUCGCGGUCGGCGCGACGGUCGCCGUGUCGCUGCUCCGAAAACGGUAGAGCCAUAGUCGUAGUCGUAGUAGUCGUAGGAUAGG